AUGCAUUUUCUUAGGAUGAUUUGUUUUUCUCUAGGAGUUGAGGGAAGUAUAUUAACAAAAGAGUUAUUUGUGGCGGGGCAUGAUAAAGUCCAAGGAAACUGCUUUGGAAAUGCAGCUUCUUCAUUUUUGGAGAAGGAAAGGGAGCUCCAAUCCAAAAUCGAGCAACUGGAGGACAAAGUUGAGGAAUUCAAUCAAAGCAUUGCUUUGCAAAAGUGUUGGUCUAUGACCUUAUUGAAUCAUAUAUCAGUAAUAAAUAUAAAUGUCUUGCAUUUCAAACAGGUUGAUGAGGAUAAGGGUAUUACUACUUCAAAUGAUACUACCAGCGUGGCUGAGGAAAACGGUGUUGCAUUGACAUUGUUGAAUAGUAAUUUAUAUUUGCCGGGGAAAGAAGCAGAAAGAUCCACAGUGGAUGAUAAUGGAGAUAGCAAUCUUUGUGAAACUUUAGCUGAGUUAUCGCUGUUGAAGGAAGGAAACAACUUAAUGGAAACUGAGCUUAAAGAGUUACAACAAAGAUACUCAGAAAUGAGUCUCAAAUUUGCAGAGGUAGAAGGUGAAAGACAAAAGCUUGUUAUGACUGUAAGAAACCUCAAGAAUGCUCGGAAGGCUCAGUGACUUGUUCAAGUUCAUCA